AUGUUCAUGCUACGGAAUGUCAGCAAGUACCUCUUCGGCGACAGCUCCAAAGAGUCCAUCGUCGAGGUCCCCCAGGGCCAGCUCUAUCUCGUGCGCCCGCUUUCCGUCAAAGGCUACUCCGAGCUCAUCUUCAAGGACGCCGCCGCCUCGAUCCGCCGCACCGGCCAAGACUUCCAGUACCAGCUCGUCAUCCAGCGCGCAUACGAAGAGGGCGAGCGCGAGCUGCUCGGCGAGGACGAGGAAGAAGACGGCGCCGCGGAGGGCCUGGGCGCGGAGAAGGACGAGCGCACUUUCCUGCUCGACGAGGCCCUGCGCUUCCGAACCGACGUGAGGCAGACGGGCGAGAAGGUAUUCGCCUGGAAGGACCUCAGCGGCGACGAGGGAGACCUCUGGGAGUUUGUCUGCGACAGCUCCGUCCAAGCCCCGACCAUCGCGACGUUCGAAGUCGUCGCCGUUCAGUGCCAGUACGAGCGCAAGUACCGGAGGAGCCACCAACAAGCCACCGAGCAGGACCUCCAGCAGUUUUCCUUCGAGGAAGAAGCCAUUCCCGACGCGAGCCCGGUGUCCAGCCCCAGGAUACGCUCCCCCCUCGCGUCGCCCGACAUCGCAAGGUCCAGCUUCAGCCUCGACCCGCCGACCACCAUCGACACGAUGGUUUCCAAGCCUGCGCCCCAGCCCGCCACCCCGUCCAAGGCCGCAAAGGCCACCGCCGCCCCCGCGGCCCGCGCGCAGCCCGAGAGUCGCGAGGUGCUCGCGAACGAGACUGCCGAACUGCACCUGUUCGACUUCGAAUCCGGCGCCUUCAUCCUCCAGGACCCCAGCGUCAAGGUCACCGUUUCCGAGAUCGGCAACUGGAAGUACUGGCUGCAGAUCAGCGGCGAAGGAAAGGAAUGGCUCGGCCAGGCCAUCGUGCCGGACAUCAACCCAGUCUUCAAUUUCGAAUACCUCUCAUUCAUCUUCAACCACUACACCGAGGACGGGUCCGCCUACUCCUGGCUCCUUCGCUUCAGGGACAACGAGACGGAGGAGAGGUUCCAGGGCGGCCUCAUGCAGGCCCUGUGGGAGCACCUCAACGAGACCAAAUGGCACAAGGCCAAGGAUGAAGAGCGCGAUUACGUCACGGAUGCCUUCCAAGACUUGACGAUGGAGGACUACGACGAAAAGGCCGAAGAAGAAGAAGACGAAGAGGAGGCGCAACAGUCGGAUGAUGAUGACGAAGACAGCGCGAGGCGCAGCGAGCACUACGACUCGGACGAAGAGCAGGACGACGUCGUCACGAAAGACAGCGACGGCAACAUCAACUCCCAGCUCGCAGUCGGCUACAAGCACGACAGGACGUUCGUCGUGCGCGGCUCCAAGAUUGGCGUUUUCAAGCACACGGAAGACAAUCAGCUGGAGUUUGACACCAGCAUCUCAAAAGUCGAGACCCCGAAGGGCAAGCUCUUCAGUCCCAAGAAGGUCAUGCUCCACAUGGAGGACCGGGACAUGAUCCUGCAGAAUCCCGACAAUCCCAACUCGCUCUACCGCCUGGAUCUCGAGCGGGGUGCGGUCGUGGAUGAGUGGAAGGUGCACGACGACAUUCCCGUCAGCAUUUUCGCGCCGGAAAAGAAAUACUCUCAGAUGACCGGCGAGCAAACCCUCCUGGGCCUGUCGCACAACGCGCUGUACCGCAUAGAUCCCCGUCUGUCGGGCAACAAGUUGGUCGACUCGAAUCUCAAGCAAUACACGGUCAAGAACGACUUCUCGGCCGCGGCCACCACCGAGAAGGGCUACAUCGCCGUGGCAUCCAACAAGGGCGACAUCCGGAUGUUCGACCGUCUCGGUAUCAACGCGAAGACGGCUCUGCCGGCCAUUGGCGAUCCCAUCAUCGGCGUCGAUGUUUCCGCAGACGGUCGUUGGAUCCUCGCGACGACACGCACCUAUCUCCUCCUGAUCGACGCUCUCCAGAAGGAGGGCAAGAACGAGGGAAAGCUUGGGUUCGAAAAGGCGUUCCCCAAGGACACGAAGCCACAGCCGCGCCGGCUGGCGCUGACGCCCAGCCACGUGGCGCAGUUCCAGCACGAGACAAAGGCACCCAUCUCGUUCACGCCGGCCCGGUUCAACACGGGUGUUGACAGCACCGAGACGACCAUCGUCUCGGCCACGGGACCGUUCGUCGUGUCGUGGAGCAUGAAGAAGGUGCUGGCGAACCGCAAGGACCCGUACAGCAUCAAGCGCUACUCGGACGAGGUCAAGGCCGACAACUUCCGAUACGGAUCGGACAAGAACUUGAUCGUGACGCUUCCCAACGAGGUCAACAUGGUGCGCCGGCGCGAGCUUCGGCGGCCGACGCGCGAAAGCAUCGCCAUGCCGUCGCGCAUCGGCACGCCGCGAAAGGGCGGUAGGGGGAGCUAUCUCUCGCGCAACGACAUCGUGAACAGCCCGUAUUAG